AACCGCAGACUAUGUGAGGAGUAUAUCAAAGACGACAAUGUUCACGUUGAUAUUUCUCAGCUUGGCGAUAGUUGUUGAUUGCUUCCCUGGUUUCACUGUUAAAAAAGGUGUAAUGAAUGUCGCCCUUGGUAAACCUGCUUCUCAGAGUAGCAACUACAAUUCUGUUAAAUGGUUCGCUCCAGUGGGGGUUGAUGGUAAUGUCGGGAACAACGAAAUCCAUCAAGAUUCUUGUUUUCACACGGAGGUAGAGUACCAGCCGUGGUGGAGGGUUGACCUGCAGCAAAUCUACAACAUCACUGCAGUCGUGAUACAUAACCGUCUGGACUGCUGUGAUAAACGCGCAAGGAACAUUUCGCUGACAAUCGGUGAACUUUUUGGCGCGAUGGACCAGGUGAGUUACCUAGAUGGCAAUUUCUACGCCACUCAUACGUUCUCCAUUGACCCACCAGUAAUAGGACGUUACGUACAAAUGCAGCUGAUGGGAAUAACGGAGGCCUUCCACCUGUGUGAGGUAGAAGUAUUGGCUUUCCCUACAGGUACAAGCAAUGUCGCCCUCGGUAAACCUGCUUCUCAGAGUAGCAACUACACAGCUGACAAAUGGUUCGCCCCAGUGGGGGUUGAUGGUAAUCUCGGGAACAACGAUAUAAAUCAAGAUUCGUGUUUUCACACAAAGAUUGAGUACCAGCCUUGGUGGAGGGUUGACCUGCAGCAAGACUACUACAUCGCUGGUGUCAUUUUAUAUAACCGACUGGACUGCUGUGAUGAACGCGCAAGGAACAUUUCACUUACAAUCGGUCAAAGUACAGGCGCGAUGGGUCAAGUGGGACACCUAGAUGGCAAUUUCAACGCCACUCACACGUUCUUCGUUGACCCAUCAGUGAAAGGACGCUACGUACAUAUACAGUUGAUGGGAAUCACGGAGGCCUUCCACCUGUGUGACGUAGAAGUUAUGGCGUACUUUGCAGGUACAAGCAAUGUCGCCCUCGGUAAACCUGCUUCUCAGAGUAGCAACUACACAGCUGACAAAUGGUUCGCCCCAGUGGGGGUUGAUGGUAAUCUCGGGAACAACGAUAUAAAUCAAGAUUCGUGUUUUCACACGGACGUAGAGUACCAACCUUGGUGGAGGGUUGACCUGCAGCAAGACUACUACAUCUCUGGUGUCGUUGUACAUAACCGACUGGACUGUUGUGAUGACCGCGCAAGGAACAUUUCACUUACAAUCGGUGAAAGUUUGGGCGCGAUGGAUCAGGUGGGAUACCAAGAUGGCAAUUUCAACGCCAUUUAUAUGUUCUUCGUUGACCCACCAGUAAAAGGACGUUACGUACAAAUGCAGCUGAUGGGGAUAACGGAGGCCUUCCACCUGUGUGAGGUAGAAGUAAUGGCGGACCCUGCAGUUUCCAAUGUUGCUCUCGGAAAGAGAUGCACAAUGAGUAGCACCAAGUGGCACGCAUCAAACGGCGUCGACGGCAUUAUCGGUGACUACAUAUUUAAAAAUAGCAAGAAGAAGUGUUUCCAUACGAAGGAUAAAAACAAACCUUGGUGGCGAGUGGACCUAGGACAGAAUCAUAAAAUCGUCAGUGUCACCAUGCAUAACCGUCUUGAUUGUUGUUCCGAGCGAGCUAAAAACGUUACAUUGACAACGGGGACCACCCUUAGUAACAUGGUGCAGUCUGGCUAUUUAAAUGGAGGGUUUAAUGAAACGCAUACAUUUGUAAUAUAUCCAGCCGUUAUCGCCCGCUAUGUACAACUUCAGCUGACAGACAUCUCCGAAUACUUUCAUUUGUGUGAAGUCGAGGUGCUGGGAUCCCCAUAUCCCAGUUUAAAUUGUAUAUUUUAGCUUUAUGACUAACGAAUAUGUGGAAUUCUCAAACGUAUGUUUCUAUAAGGAUUUAAUCCUAGUUUCUUUAAACAUGAUCUUGUCUACAUUUUGCAUGUUAUUCGCGUAUAUCCAUGAUAACCUUCAUGUUUUGUGCCCAUUUACAUACAGCUGUAAACGUAGAACUAGAAGCAAAACUAAGAUACGCGCAAAAACACUGGUUGUUUAGUUUAACAAGAUUAAAAUAAAUAAACAUAACGUGUGUAUAAAACCAAAAUAAACACUUGAUCGGAUUUAAAAGGAAAACUCAAAACCUCAUUUUAAAGACAAACUCAAAACCUCAUUUAAAAUCAAAAUUGACAUAGGACUGAAAUAUAUUUCUGACUAUAUCAACGUCUAUGAUAAUGGGAAUAGGCAUAAGUCAAAAAUUAGCCCCUUGUAUAUACAAUAGCCCCCGGCAUGGAGGAUGUGUGUUCCACAUGUUUGUUAGUCAUAUCACUCAAGUAUGUGGUUAAUAUGUAAUUGUUAGAUGACAUGAAGUACAUUCUGAAUGAAAGGCGGAUGAGCGUAGCGAUCGGGUCCUACUACAAAAUAAGAAAUUAUUUCAAGUCAUUUAACUGCCUUACAUUACAAAAAGAAAAAAAAAAGAAUACAACCUCAUUGGUUGAUACGUGGAUAACGCAAUAUCUGACAUAUUGCAUCGGUUUAAAAUAAAGGUUGCAUUCUAGAAUGUGUUCCUUGUUUAAUCAAGAUUGUGUACAAAGUAUAUUGUUGAAGGCGAAUAUUACAUCCUACAUUGCUGUUCUGCUUACAAAGGUAUUCUCCCAGCACUGUACUGGCCUUUUCGAUUUAUGCUAUUUUAACAACAUGCUAGUUGAUUAACAAUUCAGAAAGUUGUUUUCCCAACACGACCAUCUCCUAUAAUGCUCAUUUAAUGUACCUUAAAAUGAAAAUUAAUAAGUCAUGUAAAUAUUAACUGUUAAGGUGUUAAACUAAAGUGUACACUAACCGUUCAUGUGCGCGGUCUUAAUUUAAACUGACUACAUGAUAUUGCGAUUGAAUAAACAAAUAUACUCAGAUUUUGUCUGCAUAUCAACACAUCAACAAACUCAGCUCCACGAUGAAACGAACGACGUAGAAGGCUGAGCUUAAUCCAAACAAACACCUUCCUGAUCACAGCGCCAGAAACUACCUCGUCCUGAAAUUGAAUGACAACAAUGUUCCCGCGAAUCAGAUUAUGCAAACAUCCGUACACAAGAACAUUGCAUCUAUAAACAACUAUGGCCUAAUAAAAUCCAAAUCAACAUAAGGAAAUGUCAAGCAUCCUGUACUCCAGUGAAAAUACCUCGUCGGCUUCCUUGCAAAA